AUGGAGAAAGGGAGCAAGUUCGGUCUGAGCUGCUGCUCCAUAUCCUCCAUCCCGCUGGACUACGAAGAGAACAAGAAGAAGGUCAUCGAGAGUAUAAGAAGAUGCAAAGAGUUAAAUUGCCAAGUGCGAGUGGGUGGUGAGUUGGAACUCUGUGGGGUGAGUUGCAAGGACAGCUUCAAAGAGGUGGAGGACAUCCACGAAAUUUGUUGGCACUGUUUAAGCGAGCUGCUGAAGGAGAAGUGCGCAGAUGAUGGCCCCCUGAUGGGGAGCAUCCUGUGCUUCGUCAGCAUGCCCGUGUAUUUUAAGAAGCAGCUGUACAGCUGCCAAGUGGUUAUCUAUAGGAACCAAAUCAUUUUGCUGUCUCCGAAGGAGUGCCUAAGUGAUGAGGAGAGGAAGUAUUUCUCCCCCUGGUCGGCAUUGAAAGAGGGGGGAUCAGCCGAGGGGAUGAGCCCUCCCACCGGCCAUUUGAAGCCCCUCCAGUUUGACAGCUCCAAUGUUAAGGUCAUCGGCAACACUCUGCAGACGUACGUUUUGCCGAAGUGUGUUCAGGAGGUGACCAAUCAGAAGGAGACCUACAUCGGGAGGGCACUCAUACAGUUAGGAGACAUACUCAUUGGGCAUCUCUUUUUGGAUGAGUUGAUCCACGUUGAGAGGGGGGUGCUGGUGGAUGAUCGGGUGGAGCAUUUUAACCUUCACGGUUCAGCUCACUUGAUGGGGGGUAGCAGCGAUACGAGUGGUUUCUUUAGCGGUGACAGCGCCACUGGGGAGGUCCCCCCCUUUUUUGGGCAGGUCCCCUCCUUUUUUGAGCGCGAUGCGGUAAAGCUGAGUUUGCGAGAUGGGCUCACCUCUUUUGGGGAUACCGCUGUGCUGCUGAACCAAGUGGAUGUCCUCCUGGUGAGUGGCCACGUGACCAACGAGCUGCAGCUGUUUAAGAAGUACUUCAUCCAGAUGAUGCAUUUGACCAAGCAGUACCCCCACAUGGUCCUCAGUUACAAUGCCAACAGCGGGUGCGAUAGCUAUUUUUACAAAUACGAUGGGUUUUCUUUCAUCAGCAAGAACAACCAAGUGCUGACUAAGAACGCCAGGUUUACCUUCGACGAGGUGCAGGUCGCGUCGGUGGGUGUUCCCCUAAUGAGGGACCCCCCCCCGGAGAGGGGAGGCAAAACGAGCCUAUCCAUCGUCGAAGUGGAGAAAUUGCAAAGGAGCGUGGAGGGUGAAACACAUGCAGAUGGGGGUCACGACGCGGACUGCAUUCUUUCCUCCCAUAAGGAACUGGAGCUGACUGUGAAAUACUCGAAGGAUGCCAUUUGGAAGAACCUGCCACAGAACUUCAACUGGCAGAUGUACACCGGGAACAACCCAGUGAUGAGCUCUUUGAUGAGGAAGUAUCACCCGAGUGCGGAGGAUUGGCAGUACCAGUUUGGCAGCCAGACGUGGGCACUCCACAAUGUGUAUGAGGAGCUGUGCUUUAAUUGUGCGCUGUUUUUGUGGCACAUUUUGCACCUGACCAAUGCCAAGGGGUUUAUGUUGGCCCUGUCGGGGGGCGUCGAUUCGGGGUUCAGCGCCUGCAUGGUUUAUCUGCUCUCCAUAAUGGUCGAACUGGGGAUGAAGGAGAGGGGGCAAGGCGCGGAAGGCGGUCACGUACAGCAUAACCAGCAUAAGCGGCACGACCGCCUAACCCACUUCAACAACGAGCAGUUCCGCCUAAAGCUGGAGCGGCUGCUGAUUGAUGCGCCCUGCCGGAAGGCCAUCUGCAACAAGCUGCUGAACACGCUGUGCCUGCCCUCCAAGAACAGCAGCGAAAAUACCAAGUCGUAUGCGGAGCAGCUGAGUAGCGCCAUAAAUUCGUACCACACGGUGUACUGCAUAGAUGGGCUGUUUGCCUUUUUUAAAAGCGCGGGGAGGGACUUCCUAAAGGAGGAAAUGAAGUUUAAAUCGCAGGGAGGAAGUACAUAUGAGGAUCUGUGCCUGCAGAAUGUACAGUCGAGGUCAAGACUUCUAAUGGCAUACUUCUUCUCCCCCCUUAUCUGCCAGCAGAGAUAUGCCCCCCUAAAUCUGCACAAUGAGUUUUUGCUCACCAUAGCGACUGGCAAUUUGGACGAAACGCUAACGGGGUACUACACCAAAUAUGAUUGCUCAUCUGGGGAUAUUAACCUAAUUGGGAAUGUUAGCAAAAUAUUAAUUAAGGAGACCAUGUGUUUGUUGGCCAACGACCCGUCCUACGACCUCUCUGUGUGUAACUCCAUCAAUCAGUUUCACCCCUCGGCGGAGUUAAAACCUCUGGAGAAUAACCAGACGGAUGAGGAUGAGUUGAAUUUGAAGUACCUAGAGAUUAAGCUGCUAGCCAUUUUGAAGAAUCAUUUUUUUUUGGGUCCCUCCUCCAUGGUGCACUACUUGUCUAGGUACUUUUGGCCCGAGGCUUUAAUGAGCAGAGCUUCUCUGGUGGACAAGGUGAGGACCUUCUUUUCUCGGGCCGUUCGGAACACUCACAAGGUGCUGGUCCUUCCGCCUUCGCUCGCGGGGGAGGCGUGCGGCCUGCACCUCUCCUCUUUGGUCAACUUCGCAAGGGUGAAGAAGCUACCGGGUGAAGAAGCUACCUGGUGA